UGCUGCCUCUCCUCCUCUGAUCAUCCCUUGUUUCUCUCAAGUCUUUAAUGCUCCACUAACAGCUCGGCCAGGGUGAAGGGAUGUCGAGGCCUCGUCUGUGUCUGCGGGGCAUUUUCUUUUGAGGAUGGAAAGCUGAGAAACGGCGUGUGUAAGGUGUGUAACUUGUGAUGUUUCAUCACGGAAACGGACCAGUGUAGUUAACAGUAGGUGGAGUUAGGAUGUGUGCUGUCGACUGAAGUCCACUCCACGAAACAAGAUGAAGAGGAGACUGCUCCGUGGGCUCCUGUCAGAAGUUUCCAUCCGGUUGGGGCUUCUGCUCGUGUUCCUUGUGACAGAGCAGCUUCCUCCUUUCUACCGUGAGAUCCAGCCGGAGGAGAUGUGGCUGUAUAAAUUCCAUCGUGUGGAGAGUGACCACGUACCCACUUCUCUCAUGUUUAGUAUAGCUGUCUUCACGCCGCUGAUUGUAAUCUUGGUUUUCACCCUCUUGAAUAAAUCGGAGCGUGGAGAUCUCAAAGAAGCCUCUUUGGCUGUGACUCUGACGCUGGUGCUCAAUGGGGUUUUCACCAACGUCAUCAAACUUGUUGUUGGCAGGCCGCGACCGGACUUCUUCUACCGUUGUUUUCCGGACGGUCAGAUGAAUUUGGAGUUGCGCUGCAGCGGCGAUCCAGACGUCAUCAUGGAGGGAAGGAAGAGCUUUCCCAGUGGACAUUCUUCCUUUGCCUUUGCAGGUUUGGGUUUCACUGCGCUGUACGUUGCAGGGAAGCUCCGCUGCUUCAGUGCAGCAGGCCAGGGCCGAGCCUGGCGACUCUGCGCCUUCUUAACCCCUCUACUCAUUGCAGCUGUUAUUGCCCUCUCCAGGACCUGCGACUACAAACAUCACUGGCAAGACGUGCUAGUGGGAUCUCUGCUGGGCCUCGUCUUCGCCUGGCUCUGCUACAGACAGCACUUUCCUCCGCUUCAGGAUCCAGACAGCCACAGACCCCUGCGCCACAGACAGACUGUUCCCACCGCACAGGAGCGCAAGCUGGCCAACUCCAGUUACAUCCUGCCCCUGUAGGAAGUUGUAACCUCCUUCCUCCUCACUGGUGUCAUUUAUACGAGGUUACGUGUUCAUCUGUGCAGUCUGGGUUUUUGCAUCUUUAGGAUUAGGCAUCAUAUCAGUAAUUAUGUUUAUCUUCAAUCAUGAUGACUGUAUUGUGGGGAUUAACUGAAGUUGCAAAUCAAUCACAUCAACCGGGUCAACUUGGUGGACGUCUAUAUUUCUAAAUCUGAACAUUUCUCAACAAACAGGUUACGUCGGUUUUGAAACUCUGGGGAUGUUGUGUUGCUGUAACUAAACUAACACCACUUGCAGCAGCUGAGCAGGUUAACUGCACAAUCACUGCCCCUCGUUCUCUGGCUCAGCUGUUGUGAAACAGUUUGUCGCGUGGGUAACUUUUGUGAUUGUUUUGUAAACUUUCACCUUUUUAACAAACAGGGUUGAUGCUUUAAAGAAUAUACCAGAGGGAUUUAUUUAUUGUCUUUACAUUAUGCAACUUUUAUUUAGUGUGGUGGACCAAAACCCAAAGGCAUGCUUCACCACUAUUUACUACUUUUAGCCACUUUCUUUUCUGGUAUUGGAGCUGUUGGGGAGUGAUAACAAGACUGGAAGGGUCGCGUCGCCUCAAGACCUGAAGUAGCACAAACAUGGGAGGAAUUUCAGAAAGGGAGGUUUGUUAGUUGUUAUCGUGGGUCUACAGUAUGUGAGCAGCUCUAUUUGCUGAGAACAGUGAGCUUCAAUGAAAUGACUGAAACUAAGUUGACCUUAGAGCUCAGAUAAGGAACAAGGUAUUCCAGUAUGUUGGGUUGAUUGGUCCAGAGGAAAAAUGUACAUAGUUGUUUGUCCUGUUUGGCUCUGUCUGGCUUCUACCCUGAUGUUUGUCUCAGAAAAGGCAAGCAUCCUAGUAUGAUGUAAAAGUCUUUCCCAGUCUUCACAUUAUUGCACAACACGGUAAUAAUAGGGUUUGUUCAAACGCUUUCCCUGAAAAGUCAUAUUGGUAAUAGGAUUAAAACACAGGAUGUGAUUAAAUCUACUUAAAAAUACAAAAAUAUUUCUUAGGAUAGAGGUUUUUGGGAAAAGUGACUCAAACGAAUGUAAAUAGUAGAUCUAUUGAGACUAUUACUAGUUAACUUAUUAACAUAUUUAGUACUGUAGUAAUUUUUUUGACAACAUUUUAACUGGCAUAGAGAAAUUGAACGUUUAAAGCUUCAGCUGCAGUAGUGGCUGGUACUGGCCUCCUAGAAUUCAUGGGAUUUUUUUUUUUUUUUAAAUAAGCAAAACCUUAAAUAGCUUCAGCUAUUAAAAAAAAAACAAAGUCAUGCAUGCUUGCCCUUUUAAUUUAAAUCCAGGCUUUCUCAAAAACCACUUUUCCAGCAUGAUUUGUUUGCUGGCUCUAGGCUACUUGAAAUCUUCCCUCACCAAUUUGAUUUCCCUCUUAUUUUCUAUAUAAAUGCUACAUUACCCAGUUUUCACCAUAACAUCCAGAUGUAGCUGUGCAAUUUUGUUUCUGACUGUUUUUUUCCAGUGCCAACUGUAACUUUGUAAUCUCCUUUUUGCUGAAUGCACGACAACAGUUCUGAUCAUCAUCAUCACAAAUUAGUUUUACUGUAAAGGAACUGAGAGGUCAGCGUUUUCCUGUAUCAGUGGUCUCAGGCUCUGGCUGUCUUUUUUGUUGUUAUUUUUUUGUUUUGGUUUUUUGUAAGUGGAUGCCAGCUCGUCAAGCAACCCCCAUCUCAAAUUUAAAUGAGCAGUAGAAGUGGUUUGUUUCUGGUGUGAAGGUGAAUCCAGAUCUUUCUGAUGACCUGAGAGGAGUGGGACUGUCCCGGUGAUGGUGCUCGCCUCCCAGCGCUCCUGCGUCAUCUUUUCACUUAUUUAUUGUUUCCAUGCUGUGAAUAGCUGAACUGGCAUGUCGAUUGGGAUUCAUUCUUGGUGCAUGUUUCAUUUGACUUGUCAUCAACUUUCAUGUACAACAUAAAAUACAUUUUUUGCUGUACGAACAGGUUUACUACUUAUUCCGUACUAUUCUUUGAUUAUGUUUGGAAUUGUGAUUUUCUUUGGCAGUUGGUUCAAACAUUCAUGUUACUUUUACUUUUUAUAUUUUGGAUAUCAUCGUCUAUGAAGCAGACAUUUUUGGGGGGAUUUUUUUGUUGUUUUCGUUUGUUUUUGUUUUCAAAGCACAUUUUACUUUGAGAUGAUCUGAUGUCAUCAGGAUCUCGAUGGUUUCAGUCGAGCUUCAGCAGAGGAAAACAGACAAAUUUGUGCCUUUGUUUACCACUGUAGUAAUCUUAGUUAAUGAAUGAAAUAUAUACUGACUGUAUGUCACAGUGUAUGUUCUCUGUCACAAUUUUGUUCUUAUUUAAUUUGACAUGUACAGGAUUCUCUUGUGAAGAUAGUACGCAACAUUGAAAUGUGGCAUGCUGCCUUUUACCUCAGAACAACAACAAAAAAACUUGAAUUACUUUUCAUAAAUGUAAAUUUUGUUGAACUUGGAUUUGAAUAAUCCAAUGUGGAGGGUGUAAAAAUUGCAUUAAACAAACUUGUGAGGGCAUGUUGGAGUUUACUUGAACAUUGUUCUGGUACAUGUUAUAAGAUUCAGAUGCAUAUUUCAGAGCACAUGAGUUUUGUUUUUUGAACUGCUGCAUUUUGAUAAAAUCCUGCAUGUGUCGUAGCUGCACAGCAUAAAUCUUUCUCACUGCUUACAUCCAUUAGUUUUUUCUUUUCUGGUUUCAGUACAUGUAUGUCUUAUCAGGUUGAAAAUGGUGUCUGAUCUAGCCUCAUGUCAAGGGGUUGUAUUAAAACUUGCCUGUUUGCUUUUA